GACAGGCAGGGAAGAUUAGCUGAUGCCAGGACCAUGGAAGGGACAGAGGAUAUUUAUGUAAAUGAUGAGUUGGCCCCCAAGAAGAGAGUCAAGAAGAAAGAGGUCCCAGCAGGUGCCCAAAGAUUUAGAAAGGAGGAUGACCCUGACUAUGAGAACAUCUCUGUGAUCACAUGGAAGCGGAAUGGGGCUCUGGAGCAACAGUCAAUGCCCAUCCAUUGGGCCCCUGCUGCUUCAGCUCCAAGCAGUUCCUCCGGACGGUGCUUAGUGCACAGACCUGUCCUGUGUCUUUACCUCCUCCUGGCCCUGAGUUUCCUGCUGGGCAUUAGCCUGUUGUCUCUGGUGGUGGUGAAAAGCUCUGAUUUUUCUGAGCAGCUGAGGAGUGUGAAGAGUGAGCUGUGGAAUGUCUCUAGCAUCCUCCAGAAAGAGCAGGAAAAUACAGAGCAACUGGAGAUUAAGAUCAUUAAAAUAAAGGCAAUCAGUGAUGCCUGUGAUGCAAUGGUGAAACAAGUUAGUAAAGACCUGUCAAGCAAGAGAGAGAUCUUGAAUAUUUUGAAUGCUAAAGUAGAAAAACUGGAGAAGGCUCAAAAAUCAGGACCAAAUCCGACCCAUUCAACUGGCUGAAGAUCAGUCUUUCAUCUGCAAGACUGGAAGAUUUCUCUGACCUGUUUCCCUCCUGUGAUCUGGGCGUUUUUGUGCACUAACAAAUAGCAUGUAACAUGCUUUAAGAUUCUCAAAGAAAAAGAGAAAAAUCAGAAUCUGGACAUCACUCCCUCUCCUGCUAGUGUGUACUCUUCCAAGCUCACGUCUAUGAGUGUACCUCAGUGUGUAUAAUUCUAUCGGGUAUGUCCAUAUGUGUCUUUCUGUGUCUGAGGAUUUACAAAUAGGGAUGAGUGUGUAGGAGAGUAGGGCAGAGGUCACCUCCAGGUAUAAGGUGAUGCUGGCUGGUCCCAGAAGUUUCCUUUAUACUAAUGCCCUUGCCUCUUAGGUAGGCACUGGAGGAAGAAAAGACAGGUGGGUGAAUUCUAAUGCCCAGGGGUUUCCCAGUAGCUCAGUGGGGCCCCUGUUUUUCAGUGGCUUGACCCAGAUUUUUAAAUUUAAAAAAUUUUUUUAAAUUUCUAUAUUUUGUUUUUAUAUCAUCUUUAUUUCCCAAUAAUAUUUCCCCAGCAUCCAAGCUUGGCUUAAAUGUCUAUGUACUUCUUACAUUUAAAAUGUAAAAUCAUCAUUAUACAAUCUUU